AUGGAAUCAAAUAUUAUAGAAGAGAAUCGUAUUAUCACUUCAAUAGCCAAUGAUCCUAUCUUUGCAAAAGAUGACGUUGACACGAGGUCAUCAAAUUUAGAUGUUAAUCAUAUUCUAGAGACAGAAUCUCAAUUAAGUUCACAAUUACAUGACUUAAAAAAUUUAAAGGUGUUAGCCUCAUUGAUCAAAGAAUUUAAUACAAACCUUGAAUUAUUAGAAUUAGAAAAUUGUUACUAUUCUUUACAAAAUUUAAGAAAAAAAUUAAAAGAAAAUAAUGAAGCAUUUAUUAAACAAAGUUUCCAUUUUCAAAAAUCUGUUGUCACAUACGUAGAUUCUUUGCACGUAGAGUUUAUUAAUAAAUUAUAUGAUAUUUUCAGUCAAGGGUUUUGGAACAUUACAGAUGACAGCAUUAGAUUUAGAUCCAGUAUUGAAUGGGGAGAUGAAAAUUUCUUAUUAGAACAUGAUCUCCUACUAGACCUUGUAAAACAGUUGUUCUGCCCAGGUGAUACUUUGGAUCUACAUAGUUGGAUCAUCGAUGAUAUGGAAUUCGGUAAUGAUAGAGAUACUGUUAGAACUAAGAUUGAAGAUCUACAUAAGAAUUAUAUCCUUUUGAAUUCUUUGAUAAAUCCAAUAAAGGAUAAGAUAUUUUCCAAAAACGCAUUGAUUAAAUAUACCAAAAAAGAUGAUACUAUUAAAUUUAUUGUUUCAGAAUCUAAACCAUCAGUUCCUAUGUUAUUUGACUGUUUCCAAGCUUUAUGUGAUUUUUCUUUAAAUACAAUCCCACAAAGUUUAUUACCUAUUUUGUUGAAAAGUAUUGGAAAAGUAUUGGAAAAUGAGCUUUUAAAGUGUGUGAAGAAUAAUGCAGGAGAAAUAAUUGGACGUGAUAAUAAAGAUUUGAAAGAACAUGCUUCCAAGAUAAAUGACUUAUUCAGUACAUUAUCUUCUAAAUCUCAAGGAAAUUGGAGUUAUCAUGCUCAUACCAUUAAAGAUUUAUUACAGGAUAGACAACUCUAUAUUAAUUUAUUGGUUGAUGAAAUUUACCAUAGAGCAGUGAGGGAUAUAAGAACAACGUUUGAGGAUAAAGAUGAAAAUUGGAGAAAAACUUUAAAAAUACAGUUAUCACUGCAAUCUGAUAAUGGAAUUCAAGAAGUAAAUACAACUUCCAACUCAUCAAUUGAAGAAAAUAAUGAAGAUAACGACUGGAACUGGGAUGCCGAUGCUAGUUCAGAUCAUCAAAGUGUACAUGAUAAAACUGCAACAUCUAAAAUUGUCACAGAAGAUGAAGAUGAUAUUGCUGAUGCAUGGAACGAAGAGAUCGAUUUUGAUAUGGAUUUACAAAGUCCGAAGAAGUUUAUAGAUAAAUCAUCAAUUGAAACUCCCAAGAAACAAAAUGAGAAUGAGGAUCAUGAAGACGAUGGCUGGGAUGAAGCCUGGGAUAUUGGUGAAGAAGAUGAUGAUCUUAAGGAGGAACAUCAUGCUGUAGGAACAGAAGGGAAAUCUAUUGCAACAGAAUCGAAUAACAAUGCUAAUCGUUUGUCAUCGGAUUCAAUUGAUGUAACUCAACUUCCAACAAUAUUUUUGAAUAUUAUUAAAAAAUUUCGCAGUGAGUGCCUGAAUUUGGAGGACGACCUUACUGGAAAUCCGUAUUUAACCUACAAAAUAAGUCUAUUGCAAACAACUUUUUUUGCUAUUUCAGUAGCCCAUUGUACCGAAGAGUGGUGGAGUUUUUAUGUUGAUAUGAGGGAAAUAUGGAAAAAUGAUAAUACCAACUAUAGAAUCCAAGAACUUACAGGAAGGUACCUUGAGAGUAACCGAUUACUUAGACAAAAGAGAGUUUGGAAAUUGAUCCAAGAUCAAUUUUCAGAAUUCCAUGAAAGAGAAAAUGUUCCAUCAUGGAAAAUGACAUUAGAAGAUUUACUUCCAUUUGCACACAAAGAAAUCAUAACACCGUUAUCAAAUAUUAAGGGUAUAGAAGCAGAGGUCGAACUGUUACGCUUUUUAGAUUUCUUAUACAAUGAUUCUAUAAUAAGUGUGAUACUAAAAUGGGAGGUUAUUUCAGAGAAAAACUCUGAGAAUUUAGGAAGGUUAAUCUCGUUGAUUUCUGAUAAUACGGAAAUUGAAAUAUUGAAUAAUUCGCCAAAAUACAGAGAAUGUAGAGCCAAGUUUGAAAUGGUAGGAAGGUUUUUACCACUUCAUCUUAAGGAAAUCAUGGAUAUGUUUUACAAUGGUGAUUUUUACUUAUUCAGCACCGAAGAGAUUGUUCAGUGGGUUAAAUUACUCUUUGCCGACACACCUAUUAGAAAGGACGCCAUUUCAGAUAUUUGCGAGAUUAGACAAGCUGCUCUUGACGAUAAUUAA